AUAUCUGAUAGUCGAUUCGAUAUCUCUAAUUAUUUUGAUAAUCAAAUUUUCGAUUAUUUUUAAUUCCAAUUAGCCCAACAACUUAGCGAGAGAAAAACUUUUAUUUUAUGAUAAGGUCCAAAAAUAUAUGUAAUGCAACCAAAAAAAAAUGAGUAAUAUAUACAUUUUAGAACCUCCAACAUCGGGAAAGGUUUUACUAAAGACAACAGUUGGCGAUAUAGACAUAGAGCUUUGGACGAAAGAAACUCCAAAAGCAUGCCGAAACUUCAUUCAACUAUGUCUAGAAGGUUACUACAACAACACAAUCUUCCACAGGGUCGUUAAAGGCUUCAUUGCCCAAGGAGGAGACCCCAACGGAGACGGAACAGGAGGAGAGUCAGUUUAUGGAGAACCUUUCAAAGAUGAGUUCCAUCAGAGGCUCAGGUUCGCAAGGAGAGGUCUCGUUGCCAUGGCAAAUGCUGGCAAAGACGAUAAUGGAUCUCAGUUCUUUUUCACUCUCGGAGCCACUCCUGAGCUACAAAACAAGCACACCCUUUUUGGUAAAGUAACCGGAGAGACAAUAUUCAACGUACUGAAAUUAGAGGAGGGCUUGAUCGAAGACGAGACCCCAGUGUACCCACAUAAAAUUAUCAAGACUGAAGUAUUGAAUAAUCCAUUUCCAGACAUAGAACCCAGGAUUAAAGUUACGGAAGUGAAAGAGAAAAAAAAGAGAGAAAAAAGUUCAGGAGUAAAAAAUUUCAAACUCUUAUCAUUCGGAGAAGAAGCUGAGGAAGACGAAGAGGAAUCUACUAGGGAGAGUAAAAAGUUUGUUGGAAAGGGAAAAUCAACACAUGAUGUACUAGACGAUCCAAAGUUGAGUUCCAAAACAGAAGUUUUGAAUGAAGUCAAAGAGGAUGAAGAAAUCGAUCCAGAAGAACAACUGGAAAGCAUAAGGAAGAAACUGAAAACCAGUAACAACCAGAAAUCUAAGAGCCACAAAUCAUUAAAUAAUAUCAGUGAUGAUUAUGAUGAUGACUUCAAAGAUUAUUACUUGAACAAAGACAUAGAUCUGGAAAAAGAAAAGAAGAUGAAGGAAAUCAAAUUGGAACUCGAAAAUUUGAAGAAGGACUACCAUAAAAACAAACUAAAGAAAGAGGAAGAAAAAUCAGAAGCUGUAAAGGAGGAAGAAGCUAGAAGCGAAAUGUACAAAGAAUAUAAAGAAGAGCAUGACAAGUACAAAUGCAAGAAAGAGCAAUUACCUAAAAAGGGGCUUGGUAGGGAAAAAUUCACUUUGGACCUACUAGCAAAGUUCAAGAAAAAAUUACAGUCAGUCAAAGAGAAGGAAACGCCAGAAAAUGUUGAGGAUAAUGAUGAUGAUGAUGAUAUAGACAGCUUUCUCACCAACUCAAAUUUGCAGACGACAAUCCAGUUUUAGCCAAAGACGCCAAUACAAAAGAUGAUGACUGGUUUGAAAUUUAUGAUCCAAGAAAUCCACUCAAUAAGAGAAGGCGUGGUGAAAAGCCAUUGAAAGAGAAACUGAAUUCAAAGUAGCAAUAUAUCGUAAGAUUCUAUGUGUAAUUGUGUGAGGGAGUUGGGAAAUAAAAAAAAAAGUACAAUUGUA